AUGGAUCCAGAUCUCACCUAUCAACAGAAGAAAAAGCUGCUUCAUGAAGCGAAAUUCUAUUAUUGGGAUGAUCCAAAUUUAUACAGAAGAGGGGCAGACCAGAUCAUUAGGAGAUGUGUGCCAGAGGAUGAGAUGAAACCGAUCCUUUCACCGAUUCAUACUUCGACUUAUGGAAGACAUUUUGGUCCCACUAAAACAGCAGCAGAGAUGCUUCAAUGUGGUUUCUUUUGGCCGACACUGUUCAACGACUGCCACAGUUUUGUAGGUCAUGUGAUAAGUGUCAAAGAACAGGCAGUGCUGUAUAAGUACGGGGUACAACAUCAAAUUGCCACUCCUUACCACCCUCACACAAGUGGACAGGUGGAAACCUCGAACAGACAAUUGAAAAGAAUUAAGGAGCUCACUGUGAAUGCCUUUCGCAAUGAUUGGUCAAACAAAUUAGACUAUGCUUUAUGGGCAUAUCACACUUCUUACAAGACACCUAUUGGGAUAUCCCCAUAUCGACUAGUUUUUGAAAAAGCAUGCCACCUACCAGUGGCGUUUGAACAUAGAGCAUACUGGGCAUUGAAGCAGUUAAACAUGGACCUCAAAAAGGCUGGAGAAACAAGAAUAUUGCUGUUACAUGAAUUGGAAGAAUUCAGAAGAGAAGCAUAUGAGAGUGCAGUCAUCUACAAGGAAAUGAUGAAGCAGUUGCAUGACAAGAACAUCGGGCAAAGAAUUUUCAAAGUGGGAGACCAAGUGCUCUUAUACAAUUCUAGACUUAAAGUGUUUCCAGGAAAAUUGAAACCUAGAUGGUCCGGCCCUUUCACGGUCUCUCAGGUGUUUUCCUACGGCACAAUUGAACUACAUCACCCAACAAAGGAAAAUUUCAAAGUAAACGGCCAACGCAUCAAGCACUACAUGGAAGAUUUUCCCACCGCUAAAGAGAGCCUUGACCUAGCUGUUCCAGAAUAA